AGGAACGCAUCAGGCUUUCCCAGGCAAGCGGCAGCCUGCAGUGUGCUCUGGCUUGAGAGUCUCCUCAUCGCUGAGACAGGGCGAUGGGUCUGGUGUGUGUGUGAGUGAGCAGUUGGAUAAUCGUGUAUGUGAGGGUGUGUGUGCACACUCUUGCUUCCAAUCCUUCCUGGAGGAGAGAGGCUCUCCUCUUCGUAAGGGACAUUUUGAAUCAGGCAGGCUGUCGCCCUUUCGGACCUGAGAAUGUUUCGCAAGAAGAAGAAAAAGAGGCCUGAGAUUUCAGUGCCGAAAAACUUUGAGCACCGCGUCCACACCUCGUUUGACGCCAAGCGGGGCUGCUUUGUGGGCUUGCCGACACAAUGGCAGAGCCUGAUAGAGAACCUGCGGAGGCCAAAACCCAUGGUGGACCCCUCCAGGAUCACAGAGGUGGAGCUGAGGCCGAAGAAGACCAUUGUGCGUGGGAGCAUGAUCGGUCAUGGAGAAUACAUCGCGGCCAUGAUCAAUGACAUGAGCCGACUGUCUGUGACCAGCUCCAACUCUCUGCGGAAGAGUAGCCCCUCCGCCAGAAAGAGGGCCCAGUCCCUGGGAAGGUUGGGGGAAGUGAAUGAAGGAGAUGGCUACCAGUAUGAGGGACUGACACAGGAUGAUGAUGAGGACGAUGUAUGUCAGGAACACUGGAGAGAUAAAACCCGGAACAUCCACAGCGAGACCAACACCCCUUACUUGGGAAUAAAGAAAAGCAUCACUCUGCAGCCCAACGGGAUCUUGCCAAAGGCUAAAUCGACAUAUGAAGUUGGUGUUAGCUCCAUAGAAGGACCUAUCCCAGCACCAAGCCAUGGGCCGUAUAUGAGUAGGGAAGUGGGAAGUCCUCAAGAGAGAGUGAUAUGGAAAAGAGACUUCCAGCUGCCCAGAGGAAUGCCACCAAACCAGAGACCCGUAGCUUGUUUUUACAGCCCAGUUGUGACUGUCCAGCAGCAUCUUGGGGAUAAUGGAACAAUCACGACGGAGCUCCAACCCAACCCACCCAUGUACAUGCACACUCAGAACAGCCCAGGAAGGCCGUUCUCCUCCUAUGACCUAAAAGCAGAAUCAGCAGUGAGAUACCACUCCGGGUUCCUGCCAACCGGCACCAGCAGUCCUCUUGUGGGAGGAAUUAGACCUCAGCGGAUGGUGCGCUCCUCGGCAAGCUACACUCUAGGCCUGUCCCCGAACAUGGGACUGAGGCCCAGUGGACCAGACCCCUUUCUUAGACACUCUGGAUGCCCCAAUCCCCCUUACCCUCUUCAGGACAGCCCCUCUCAGCCUCGACCUUCUCCCACAGGAUCAUUAGCAACCAGUCCUCCAGGUACUUGUUCUCCUGCUUUUAGACCACCACUACACCCCAUACCCAGACCACCUCCUGACCCACCUAAGGUGACGCAUGAGCAGUUUAAAGCAGCCCUGCAGAUGGUGGUAGAUAAGGGCGAUCCACGGACUUACCUGGAGAACUUUGUGAAGAUUGGGGAGGGCUCAACGGGAGUGGUAUGUAUUGCAACCGAAAAGCACAGUGGAAGGCAAGUGGCAGUGAAGAUGAUGGACCUGCGGCGGCAGCAGAGGAGGGAGUUGCUCUUUAACGAGGUGGUCAUCAUGAGGGACUAUCAGCAUAAGAACGUGGUGGAGAUGUUCAAGUCUGCCCUGGUGGAGGAGGAGCUGUGGGUAAUCAUGGAGUACCUGCAGGGGGGAGCACUAACCAACAUUGUUUCUGAAACCAGGCUGAGUGAGGAGCAGAUUGCCACAGUGUGUGAAGCUGUUCUGCAAGCACUGGCCUAUCUCCAUUCACAGGGAGUCAUUCACAGAGACAUCAAGAGUGACUCUAUACUUCUCACAUUAGAUGGAAGGGUAAAGCUUUCAGACUUUGGCUUCUGUGCCCAGAUUAGUAAGGACAUCCCUAAAAGGAAGUCUCUGGUAGGGACGCCUUAUUGGAUGGCUCCUGAGGUCAUUUCCAAAUCACCGUACGGCACUGAGGUUGAUGUGUGGUCCAUGGGUAUCAUGGUGGUAGAGAUGGUGGAUGGAGAGCCCCCAUACUUCAGUGAAACACCUGUAGCAGCAAUGAAGAGGCUCAGGGAUGAGCUAGCUCCGACUGUUCGAAAUGUCAGCCAGAUCUCCCCAGUUCUCAAAGACUUCCUGGACCGCAUGCUGACUCGGGACCCCUUGGAGCGGGCCAGUGCCACUGAUCUGCUGGAGCACCCGUUCCUGCUGCAAAGCGGCUCACCUCAGUGCCUGGUCCCACUGGUGGAGCAGUACCGGAAACGCAUGUCUCGUUGCUGACCCAUCUAGGCCUAGAAGUCCACAUCGGUCCUUUUCAGGCCUCCCAAAAGGACCAGCACCUGGUUCUGGCACCCACACCAAGCCCAAGAGAAGCGGAUCAUGGCAGCACUCUGCUUCCAGUGUGACGGUGGCACGACUUGUUGACAGACAACAUGGCCUCGGGCAUGCGAGAAGCACUUUAGGAGUGAGUUAAAGGGAGCAUGCAAGUCCUCACCUCUCAGUUGAUCAGAUAAUUGGCUUCCUUUAACAUCCAGACAGCACAACAUGGUGCACAUCAAACUGAUGGCAUAAAUGUAUCAUCCAAACGCACGCUACUCUAAAAACCCUUUAUAGUGUUCGUAGUGGGCAUUACUGCCAGCUAAUUAAGCUGAUGUUAGGCUCAACACAGUAGCUCAUUGUGACAGGAUUAAAAUUACCUCUGCACACACACUGUUGUGGAAAUUGGAUGACAACACGGGUAAUACACACAUUUUGCAUGGCCAAACUGAGGCACACCUGGCCUGAUGUGAAUGCUUGAAU